UGGCUAUUAAUCAAAACAGAAUUAAGUUGAUUAGUUAAUUUUUGUAUCUUGGUGAUUUAGUUUAAUUUUAAUUUGAUUGUUUUUCUGUGAAUUGAAGGAGUGAGUUUGUUGUAAAAUUUUCUAAUUUGUGAUUUGAUUGAUAAACUCGUUAAUUUGAUGACUUUAUCUGGUUACCAACGAAUUUGGUUGGAUUUCAAGUCAUCUAAUUGUUAUUAUUGAUUGUUAAUUAUUACAAUUUGUGAGUAGUUAAUUAAUCUUGGUGAUAGAUUAAAGCUUUGAAUAGUAUCUUUUGAGAUACUUUAUCUUUGAUAUCCAAUAAUCGACGUAAAGUAUUGAGAAAUAUUAAUCUUAAUCUCAAUAGUAUUACUAUUCUUCUACUUAAUUAACUGUAAUCAAUUUGAGAUUAAAUUACUAUAGUGAUUUUGAAACUCACUUAUCUCAAUUAAUUGUUAAUUUCUUUCAAUUUCAACCAUGGUUAAAAUCGGUGUUAUUGGUGGAACGGGAUUAGAUGCUGAUAUCAACAUUGUUAAAGAUAUUGUCAAGGUUAAUACGAGUCCCACACCUUUUGGUAAACCAUCCGAUGAUGUUGUUACCACCGGUAAAAUUGGCAAUGUUGAAGUAGUUAUUAUGAGUCGUCAUGGAGCUAAACAUGAUCGAAAUCCAUCCGAUAUUAAUUAUCGAGCCAAUAUUUGGACAUUGAAGCAACUCGGUUGUACUCAUGUUCUGGUUACAAAUGCCUGUGGAUCGUUACAAGAAAAUUACAAACCAGGAAUGAUCGCCAUCGUUGAUCAAUAUAUUGAUAGGACUGUAUCACGAUUAGCGACAUUUCAUAAAGUGGCUCACAUUCCCCAAGCUCAUGCCUUUAAUAAAACAGUCCAAUCAAUUAUCGCCGAUGCUUGUAAAUCAGUUGGAGCUGAUUAUCGUUCCGGUGCUUGUAUUGUUGUCGUUGAAGGUCCUCGUUACUCCACCCUGGCCGAAUCGAGGCUUUAUAAAUCAUGGGGAGGUGAUAUCAUCGGCAUGACAACCUUUCCUGAAGUUGUAUUAGCUGCUGAGGCAGGAUUAUUUUACAAUUCAAUUGGUUUAGUUACUGAUUAUGAUUGUUGGCACGAAGAUGAAGGUGAAUCGGUCACUGUUGAUCUGGUUAUGGGUCGACUCAAAUUACUCGCCGAUGUGUCAAAAAAAAUUCUAAUCGAAACAAUUACAAGAAUUGGUAAACAUGAUUGGACCAAAGAAAUCGAGGCCAAAACCCAAGAAGCCAAAGGAGCAAUUAUGGUUCCUUAAAUGAUUAAGAGUCUAAGGACUCGAACGAAUCAAAGCAACAAUCAUUGCCUUAUAUUAUUAAUAAUUUCGAUUUGCUCAAAAUUAACAAAAUUCACACUAUUUAUAUAUAAUUCACAUAAAUUGUCUGAAAAUUUCUCAGACAAUAGUUAGAUGAACAAUUUCAAAUCUUCUUACUCUUAAAUGUAAUUAGAUCAAUCGAUUGUCAAUAGUCGAGAUUCUUUUUCAAUAAAGAAACGAUAUACGAAAAACUUUAA